AUGGAGUCAGGGAGAUCAUUGAAGGCAUACAACGUGAGGUGCUGGGAAACUUACAACGAAAUCCUCGACUGCCCAACCAAUCUGGCGAUCACUCAAUACAAGCGGGGUCUCCCAGUCGGGCAUAGGGUGUGGGAUUCGCUCACAAUGCACCAACCCACAACCAUGGAGUCCUUGAUACAGUGGAUCAACGAGCACAUUCAUAUGGAGGAUGAUGUCGCCUCCGCGACCGAGAAGGUUAAUCCGGUCGCAGCGGACAGAAGGGUAGCAGGGAAAGUUCACUCGGUCGGACAGGAGGAUAACCGCCCAAGCGACCGUCCAAGAGAUCAACGAUGUGGCCCAAACCGCAAUGACAGAAACAAGGGUCGCAGGAACGACCGAGCUGACGCUCCCCGUGAUGCAGCGGAGGAUGCCAAGAGAAAAUUGAAGGCGUGGACUGGAAUCACCACGAUAGAUGGGGGUGUGAAAGCCGCGCUAUUGGAGCAAACCGAGCCAAACGGCCUGGCCGCCCUAGAGGCAGCACCCCAAGGCGUAAUCAACGUCAUCCACGGCAUCGUUGAACCAGCAAGGGUCUACGAGCUCAGAGGGAUGAUUAAGAAAGCCGAGCACAUGAGGGAAGUGCUCUCCGUUCGGCCCGCUGUGAAGAAAGGGAAGACCGAGGAGAAGGACAUUCUUACCUUUUCGAGCAGGGACUUGGAGCGGAUCCAGAUGCCCCACAAUGAUGCCCUAGUGGUAACUCUUCGCGUCAAAGACAUUGACAUCAAGAGGAUCUUGAUCGACCAGGGGAGUUCGGUCGAAAUUAUGUACUAUGACGCGUUCAAAUAA